AAUAUGCCCCUCAGAAGAAUCAUAAGACUACGUCAGCGAGCCCUUAUGAAAGUUUAGAUAUGAUUAAUUUUAUGAAACCUGAGGCUGAAGUCUUCGAUUCUUAUAGCUAUGAGAAACCACAGCGACUAAGCGCCGCGGAUUUCCAGCUGCCGCGCCUGCGCCGCUCGCGUCACGAUCCGCGCGAGCCCGCGCCGCACACCGCGCGUGCGCACACCCGUCUGCGCAGCCGCCAGCUCGCGCACCACGCCAAGAGGAAGUGCUCCUACGCAAUGUUCCCUUUUUUUUCCCAUAAAAACAAAACCAAGCCCAAACCGCCGGGACCCAAACACGACAAGCGGAAAUCCCACUCAUUCCACUUCUCCAAAACCAAGGACCGCUUCCCCCCUUCCGAUAAACGGGAAAAGAAAAAUCACAUCACGGAAAAAAUCGAAGUCACCACCAUCAAAGAUAUCACGCAGAACAGCAAACUGAAACCAGCGAAAAUAGUACAUAAUAGCCGAUUAUACUUCGCGAAUCCUUAUAGAAUUGAUGAAGGGAACUUUGGGAUUUCAGGAGCGAGUAGGUAA